AUGAGCUCCGACGUCAUAAAACGGGCAAAUCCUGCUGAUGACUAUGAGCUUCUGCAACGGGUAGGAUCUGGCACUUAUGGUGAAGUCUACAAGGCACGGCACAUAAGGUACAUUUGGUCAAUCUUUCAAUUUAUUUAUAUACAAUUUUCUUUUAGAAGCGGAGAGUUAUCCGCCGUGAAAGUUGUCAAACUGGAAGCCGGAGACAACUUCGCUAUCAUCCAGCAGGAAAUUCUGAUGAUUCGGGAAUGUUCUCAUCCUAAUAUUAUUGCAUAUCAUGGUAGUUAUUUGCGACGCGAUCGGCUGUGGAUUGUGAUGGAGUACUGUGGGGGAGGAUCUCUUCAAGAUAUAUAUCAUAGUACGUUUAUUAUGCGCAAUUCGACUACUGUGGCAUCCUUCAACUAG